GAUGGAUUUGUUUUGUUUUUAUUUUUGGGCGAAUCAUGCCCCGUCGAAGAGGCAGGAUCAGCUCGGGUCGCAGUCGCGCGGGGCCCGCGGCCCGAUCGACGCCCCCACGACCAUUUCCCUCGAUCGCCGCCUCCACCCGCUCCAGUUUGAAAAACCGCUGUCCUCAUCGCCUUCCUCACCGAGAACCCAGCCACUCUGGUCUCUCUCUAGUCUGACUCUGCUCUGCUCUGGGGUCUCGCGCUCGCGACUCCUCGGGCGGCGCGCCUCGCCGGUCGCCAUGGCCUCCUCCUCUUCUGAGUUGAGGCCCGCGAGCAGGAGGAUCGUCGAUUACCUCAACGACGGCGAGGAGCUCGGGGCCCUGGGGGCGGUGGUGACGCCGCCGUGUUCCCCUGCUGCGGUUGCGGUGGGGAAACAGGCCAAGUCCGCGCUGCCCAGGUUCAGGUGGCCGCGGCUCGUCAGGUUGCGGAGAGAGGGAGGCGGCGACGAGGGGAAGCCGGGGGUCGUGGUGGUGGAGAAGGGCGACGACCUCCCCGUGGCGGCCGCGUCUACCUCAGGAUGCGAAUCAUCAGCGGCGAGCGACAAGAGGCAUCCCGACCUCGGCGUCGGGCUAAGCCUGCUGUUCCUGCUGGCCAAGACGUCCGACGAGUUCAACAAGAUGGCCAAGGUGCGCGCGGAGAUGGAGGCGCUCCUGAGAGAGUUAAAAGACGGGGUUAGGACCAAGAGCGGCGGCACCGAGGGCCACGGCGCGCCGAAAGACCGCAACCGCGAGUCCACCACGUCGAGCUGCGUCACCGACGGCAACGACCAGACCGCAAGCGCUCGCCUGGAGUACCAGCUCGCCUCGUCUUGCGUGGAGCCGGCGGGCUACGAGAGGUCGUCCGAGGAUGACGGAGGCUGCUGUGCGAGGAUGGAGUUGGACGUGCUUGAGGAGGAGUUCCACGCCGAGCUGGAGCUGCUUCAGGGUAACUAUGAGUCAGGGACACCAUCGUUUCUGCCUGAAGAAGAAGAAGAGGAACACUAUUCCGAGCCCUACGACGAGAUGGCCGACUACCGGGAUGGAGUUGAUGAAGAUUCAAGGGGAGGUGUUGAGGAUGAAGACGACGACGACGACCAUGACGCUGAGUACAACGGAGUUUCUGCCGUACAGUUGGAGAGAAGGCUCCACGAGCUUCUCCACGAAAGAAACCGGGACCGGAUUGAGGAGCUGGAAGCCGCGUUGAGGCGUGCGGAGAAGAAGCUUGUUGAGAAAGAAAUGGAGGUGUCCCUGUGGAAGGACACGGCUAAGUUUGCGUUGAGACAGGACAAGGAGUUGCAAUGAGCAUCGAAUUUCUCCUGUUCUCUUUCAAUCGUACAACUCUUGCGCACGAUUUCAUCGGCUGUCCAUGAUCACCGACCGCCGAAGGAGGAUUUUGGUCAAACAAGGUUUGCCAUGGCGAACUGCGGUUUGUGGAAGAUAUAGUCAACCUGUUCAUACCAAAGUUUAGUGCUAGCAUAUUAGAUCUCCAGUGAACGUUUUGGGCUCCGGUAAAAAUCAGUAGAAUGCUGUGUAACAGUGUAAGUUAGCCUACUGGUGUACGGAUCAAUAUGAGAUUUGAUACUUCAUGUUUCUGUAUGCGCAUUACAUGGAUGGAUUAUGUGUGAAAUCAGACUUCUCA